AUGGAGGGUUAUAUGGACUCCUGCCCCUCCUGCCAUCUUCCAUUUGACAAAGGAAAAAAACGGCGUCUCAUUGACUCAUGUGGUCAUGAGCGAUGUUAUUCCUGCAUGUUUGAUGUGGAUAAAUGCCCCCUAUGUGAUAGUGCAGCCAUUUCUGUCAAACCAAAUGGCCAUUUCUCCCGCCAAAGCAGUACAGAGUCUGGAGUUUUCAAUCACAAUCGGCCAAAGUUAAAAACCAAUGGACAUUUUACCACCUACAUGCAGACACGGAUGGAUAUUUCACCAGCUUCAGAGAUAGCUAACCCACUGGUGUUGCAGCCAUCCCCAAAAAUGGUCACUCGAAAUACUGCACAACCAGGUUUGGCUUUAUUUUUCUUUUUAACUUGCUACAAUUUAUUCUCUAUCUCUGACAACUACUACUACUACUAUUACUGCCAUCCUUCCUUUUCUCUUUCUUCAUCUCUUUUCCCUUUCAGUAGCAUCUCUUGUUGGCAAGGGAUAACCAAGGAAAACAGUUUAUCUAUCUAUCUAUCUAUCUAUCUAUCUAUCUGCUGCUUUCUCUCUCUUCUCUUUCUGUUUAUCGCUUUCUUUCCUUCUUAUUUUUCUCUUCGAUUUUUCAGUUACUCCCUUAUUCUUCUAUUCCUAUUUCCUUUGCCCUUCCAAUUUAUCUCUAUUAUUUUCUUCUAUUUUUCUAAUCUACUUUCUUGUAUCUCUGUUCCUAUCUCUUUUUUCUUCUCAAUUAUGAUAUAUCUCACUUUUUCUUGUCUUUUCUUAACAAUACUUCUGCUACUAUUUCUUCUGCCUUGCUUUCUUUUGCCUUCAGAUUUUUUUUCAUCUAUUCCUUUUGUUAUCCUCUCAUUUUUCUCUUUUCCCUUUACCUCUUUCCAUUUUCAUUUUUUUUCUGUUCCUUUCUCUCUCUCUCUUUCUCAACCCCAACUUCGUCUAUUUCGCAUAAGCUCUUUUUUUUUCUUUUCUAAACUCUUUCUCCUCUUUUUCUCUACUAUUCACUCUUAUUAUUUUUUCUCUCUUUCUUUACUCCUCUUUAUCCUUUCAUUUUAUUUGCCUUUCUGUCUAAUUCUACCUCUUUUUUCCUAA